GCGUAUUUAAUUGGGUCUGUUGAAAGCGUGAGUCUGCACGCGCUCUGCUGUCAGAAACAGAAGAUGUUUGACAAGCUCACCGGCGGCACAAGCGCUCAUUUUUGACGAUUUCAGUUGUUUGUUCCUGUCGCGUUACAUACAGAAUCUAGCCAUCUGUUCUGGCAAGAGAAGAGAAGAGCAAGAAAAAAAGAGAAAAAAGAAGACAUCUUGUCUCUGUACUAAUUGGCUUGGACGGUCAUGGCGCAUAUGGUGGCCUAUAACUGACAUGACCUCUGGAUCUGCAAAUUUCAAGAUGUCAGAAACAGGAGAAUCUAAAAAUCUCCCAGAAUGCAUUAUGGAGGGGACUCCACCUCCAUGUUGUACCACAGAUGCUGAGGAUUGUCAUAAAUCCAGCCAGCCAACAUCAGAUGGACAACUUAAAAAGAAACUAAAGGCCAAAGGGAAAUUAGUUCGGAGCACAGCUGUAUGUGAUGAGUCUUUAUCCGCUGAGGAGAACAGCAAGGAAAACGAGAGCAAGACGGCUAUAUCUAAUAAUCAUGAUGACAGUCCUGAGUGCGAUGAGGAGGAAGAGGUGAAGAGCAUCACAUCUAAAAAAGGUUUAUCCAAAGAGCCCAGUCUGGAGUAUACCGACUCCACCGGCAUUGAUCUGGAGGAGUUUUUAAUCACUACUUUGAAGAGCAGUCCCAGGGACCGACUGAUGCUCUUUAAACUCGAGCAAGACAUGACUGACUUUAUGACAGACAACAGUUCCUAUAAAAAGUUCCCUCAGAUGUCCUCGUAUCACAGAAUGCUGGUCCACAGGGUCGCAGCUUAUUUCGGUCUGGAACACAAUGUGGAUCACAGUGGAAAAGCAGUUAUCAUCAACAAAACCUGCAAUUCCAGGAUACCAGAACAUCGGUUUGCUGAACAUGUUCAGGAGGAAAAGACAGAGGAAAGAAGAUUAAUACUGAAAAGAGACACCAGCCAAGAGAAGGAAGACAGUCAGCUGAGAGUUCCAUCUCUCAAAGAGCAGAUGAGAAGCAAGUCAAUAGAGGAGAGAGAGGAGGAGUAUCAGAGAGUCCGAGAACGCAUAUUCUCACAGGAUUCCACUUGUCUUUCGCAGAGUGUUUAUAUUGAGACCAGAGGUCUAGAUGACAGCAGUAUUGUCAGUGAGACCCAGAGAAGACGCCAGCUCUUUAGGGGUAACAGGGAUGGUUCAGGUUGGCUGUCCGGCAGCAGGCAGAGCAGCUUUGAGCUGGACUCUCAUUGGAAUGACCCUCGACCUUGGAGCAGCACAGAUUCAGACAGCCCAACAUGGACAUCGAAAUCUGCACACACUCGUUCAGACAGCAGCUCCAAACUCUGCAAACCAGUGUCUGAGUCAUCUCUAUCAUACGCUCCACCCAACAACAGCCCGGCUUACAUUAUCGUUCCUGCUGAGUCAUCAAUACCUCCUGGGAGCAUCUUAUUGAAUCCACAUACAGGGCAGCCAUUUCUGAAUCCUGAUGGAACUCCAGCUGUUUACAAUCCACCAGUAAGUCAGAAGCCCAGUAACCAGCUUAACCCAGUACAGUCACAAGCCCCGCCCCCUCCACCUCAGCAGCAGCCAAUAGCAAGCCAUGGUGUCCCACAGGUUCAGUACUCCUCGGUGACGUACCUUCCUCCUCAGCAGCUAAACAUCUCUACCUCUCAGCAACACCCAAUAGAACAGACUAGGGAAGACAUUAGCGCUAAGUUUGGUCACAUGACUUUGAGUCGCCAGUCAUCAGCAGAUCUUCCAGAUAUGUCGUCAUUCUACAUGCAAGGAGCUCCGCCCACACACAGCUAUGCUCCGCCUCACCAGAGUUACGCUCCGUGUCACCAUUCAGACAGUUACAUGAGUCCUGGAAUGACACUGGCUCCUCCCACAGUCCCACCCCCUCAGACUCAGCAGAGCGGCCAGGUUUCAGUGUACAGUUACCCUGUUCAGUGUCCCAGUGCAUCUCAACAAUACGCAGCGGGCAGUUACAGCACACAAACAGGAUACACACCUGUGAUAUCUAACCAACAAAGCUGCCCAGGCAUGAUGGGAAAUCAGAUUCUACCCCAAACACAGCAAGGCAUUAUGGGACCUUACCCAUCCGUUUCCUCCUAUCAGGUACCACAGCAGCAGCAACAGCAACAACAUCAGUCUUAUCCAUCUGCAAUGCUGGUGUCAGGACAAGGCGGGCAGACACAGUGUUUGGUGCCCCCUGCUGGACUUCAAGUAUACUGCAACUCUUUGGCCUCUUCUCCCCCUCCACCACUCAACAUGAUGGGGGUCUCCUUCCAGUCAAGUAGCUGCAAAAAUGGCUGUAACGUUAAUCAGAACCAGUGCUGGUACUAAAGGACGCUAUGUAUUCACACAUAGUGUUGUUAUAAACCCUUAUGCAUAUUCAGUAUUUGUAGCUAACUCGAGUCUGGUAGCAUCCUUUUCUACUUUGUCAGAAACUUGUUUUGAAUUUUAUUUUACAUGGAGAUUGAUAGCAUCAUGUUUAAAUUGCUGUUAGAGCAUAAUUUAUACUAUUUAUAUUAUUGUGUUUUUGCUUAAUAUCCAUAAAAUAUAUUUGAAUAGUAUAUGAUACUAUAUUUAUCUUGUUUAUAGACGGCUAUAUUACAUGAGUGAAGAAUGAAACUAGAUUCAACAAAGUAUGUCAAUGUAGAACCGUUUUAAAAUUGUUAUGUUUUUUGUUUGUUUGUUUGUUUUACUAUAUUUUAUUAGGAUGUAACAUUUGACCAGAUUUGGAAUAUAUCUAAGUGGCAUUUCUUAAAUAUAUAUGGCCUUUUAAUUGGUAAACUGUU